AAGAUUUUGGAGUUCGCUUAUUUAAUGCCCCGGAAGAAAGCAAAAACAAAAAAUCCUUGGCUGAAAAAAGAAGGGGGUUUCGGGGUAAAAGAAGAUUAUUAAACCGUCGGCACUGCCGGAGUGAAGAUUUAAAACAAUUUUUUGAAAAGGUUUUCGGAGAUAACUUUCUUCAAAAAUUUGAAAGUUUUGCUAAAAAGUCUACUAAUUUAUUAAAGUAUGAUGAAACUAAGUUUUUUAAUCCUUAUAUAACUAGGCAUCAAGCACUAAGCGGCAAGGUUGAAUUAGUCGAAUUGCUCUACAUCCUCCUCCAUAUCAGUAAAUACCGUGGUUAUAAGGAAUUUUAUCUUGACAAUAGUCUUGAAGAAAAAAAUGAAGAGAACAAAAAAAUCUAUGCGGCGGUUGGAGAGGUAAAAAAAAUUUUCCAAGAAAAUAAUUAUGGUUCAAUAGCAGAAAUGGUUAUUAAAAAUGAAAAAUUUCGUCAUUCCCAAAACAAAAAAUUACUUUCCGCCCACAACCAUAAUCCCAACAAAGUUUAUGAAAAUAAAGAAGAAGUAAAGAAAAAUCAUAAACAUUUUGUUUUUCCUCGUGAACUUUUGGUCGAAGAAAUGCAAAAAAUUUUGGAAAAACAAAGUGAAUAUUACCCCGAACUUAAAAAGAAAUUUUCCUAUACAUUACUAGAAAAUGGGAAAUCAGAAACGAAAGAUUUUUCAGCCCAAGAGAUUAUUAAAUUAAUAAUUUUUCGCCAAAGAGACUUUGAAGAUGAAGAAAAGGAAUUAGGGGGAAUAGAAAAAGAAAAAGAAAAAGGCGAAAAAAGAGAAACGUUGAGAAAACAACUCGAAACAUUUCUUAAUAAGUUAGUAGGAAAGGGGAAUUAUAGUUUUCCCAAAGGAAUCGAAUUUGAAACCGAUUUCUUGGAUUAUUUAAAAGAAAAUAGUAGUUUUUAUCCUGCCCUUAUAAAAAAUUGUUCUUCUCAAUUCUACUUAAACUACGAGGAUUAUAAAAAAACGAUUUUCUACCAAAUCGGUCGAAUAAUUUUCGAAAAAAUAACUCCUCAACGGAGAAAAAAUGAGUUAGAUAGUUUAAGCCAAAAAGUGUAUAGUUUAGAGGCUUUUGGGGAUUGCCUAGCCAAAUUAGAAAAAGUCUUAAAAUCAGGUAAAAAAGAAAGAAUAGAAAAAUUAAAAAUGCAAAUGAUAGAGUUUACUAAUUCUGAUAAUAUUUUCUAUGAAAGUAAAAAAGCUGAGGUUCAGUCAUUACUAUCAAGAUUAAACAAUUAUAAAAGAGAAAAAGAGUUAAAAGAAGUUAUAAUUAAAAAUACUGAUUCUGAAACUUCAAAAGUUUCCAACUGGUUGAGCGGGUUGGUGGUGGGUAUAGAUGCCCAGAACUUUUCAGAAGAGCAAUUAACAGUCACUUAUCUCCAAAAUUAUUUUGCUAGUCAAGAAGAGCAAUACAAAGAAAAGUUAUUGGCAGAAAUGCAAGAAAUUAUUGAAAAUUUUCCCUUAGUUAUCCAAUUAAGAGAAGAAAAUAACACUUUAAAAUCUUUUAUUGAAGGUUAUAAAUUAGGCAAAGAAUUUGUGAAACCUACUCAAAAAGGUCAGGAAUUUGAAGACUAUGUUCAUGAAAAACUCCAAGAAAUUUUUAGUGGCAGUGACAUUAUUGAGAAUAUUACUCAUAUGCGCACCUCAGCCGGAACUCGGGCAGAUGUUUUACAAACGGUUCGGAGUGGAAAUGAAUUCGAAAAAGUUAUUGGAAAAAUAGUUUAUGAAACCAAAAAAUUGAUUGAGGAAAUUCAAGAAGCAGAUGGAAUUAUCCGACAAAGGGUAUUAAGCCAUAUCUUCAAUAACUAUGACGAAAUUAUUCAAGUAACCGGAGGCAACUCCUUUCUCAACAUUAUUGUUGGGAGUGAUAAUGCCACUAAUAACAAAUUAACUCUUUCCGUACUAAAAGAAAAAGUAGAGGAACUGGAAAAAGAACUUCAAGCAAAAGGAAGCAAUAACCAAUCAUUGGAGAAAACUAAAUCUGAAUUGGAUGAAAAGGAAAAAGAAUUACUGAACUUAAACAAGCAUCCUGAAAAUGAUGCUCAUUUUUGUACUUGGUUGCGAGAUGCCAAACAACUAACGAGCAAAGAAAUAUUUAAUUAUGAUAUUGAGCAAUUAAAAAAAGAGUAUGUUGAGGAUAUACCUAGUCAGCAAACUGAAAAAGAUUAUGAAUUGAGAAGAGAACAAUUUAAAACAUAUUUGGGUUCUAUUCCCAGUAAUCCCCCUCCCCUUGACAUGACUUCCCAAUAUGGUGGUGCUUAUGAAUUUAAUAUUGAUACUGAAGAGUUAAAUUUAGAAAGUGAUGAAAAUGAGCAAACCGCUCAAGUACAAAUCUCUCCUAAAGAUGAAUGA